AGUGCGAGAGGCGUACGCCGCAACAGGCGAGCGGCGGUAGUCCAGGUUUGGGUACCCAGAUGCUUGCCAUGGAGGUCGCUAAGGAGGCGCGCGCGUCGCCACUGCCCGCGUCUGCGCAGACCGGCACCUCCUCGCAGCCUGCACAACCACCUCAACCACAGAUUUGUGCUGGAUGCAGCAAGGUGAUCACGGAGCGCUACUUACUGAAGGCUCUGGACCAGCUGUGGCACGAGGACUGCCUCAAGUGCGGCUGCUGCGACUGCCGGCUGGGAGAAGUUGGACACACCCUGUAUACGAGGGCCAACCUCAUCCUAUGCAAGCGGGACUAUUUGAGGUUGUUCGGCAACACUGGAUACUGCGCGGCCUGCAACAAAGUCAUUCCGGCGUUUGAGAUGGUGAUGCGCGCGCGCAGCAAUGUGUAUCACCUGGAAUGCUUCGCUUGCCAGCAGUGUAAUCAUAGGUUCUGCGUGGGCGACCGGUUCUACCUGUGUGACAACAAGAUCCUGUGCGAGUAUGACUACGAGGAGCGCCUCGUGUUCGCUAACAUGGCGUACAACCCGCCGCCGCUUGCGCACCUGAAGAGGCAGACCACGCAUCUACCACCACCACCGACAAGCAACGCAAUGAGCGGUUUGAUGAACGGCUCGAGCCGCUCCGGUGAUCUGAACAACAACAUGUCGGGCUCGUCGCCGGCUCCAUUCGCCGCCCCGCCGCACCUCAAGCCACUCGGCCUCUCGGCGUCCAGCUGA